UCUGCCUCCCUCUCGCUUCCACCCGGGUCCAGUCGGCGCCGGACGCAGUGGUGGGGGCUUGUAAACAUGGAGUCACAGGGCGCUGGGACUGCGGAGUCGUCCUCUCGAUUGGAGGCUCCGGCACCCACUGACGACCGGCUUUUCCUGGUUAAAGGUGGAAUUUUCCUUGGUACUGUUGCUGCAGCGGGAAUGCUAGCUGGAUUUGUUACAACAUUAUCGUUGGCUAAAAAGAAAAGUCCUGAAUGGUUCAAUAAGGGAAGCAUGGCCACGGCUGCCUUGCCAGAGAGCGGAUCUUCCCUUGCCUUGCGAGCCCUGGGCUGGGGCUCACUUUACGCGUGGUGUGGUGUUGGCGUGAUCAGCUUUGCCAUCUGGAAAGCUUUAGGAGUUCACAGUAUGAAAGACUUUCGAAGUAAAAUGCAAUCAAUAUUUCCAGCAAUUCCCAAGAACUCUGAAUCGGCUGCUGAGUGGGAAGAAGCAUUGAAAUCCAAGUGAGAUGAGCAUGAUGGAUGAAGUCCAGAAUAACUGUUACAGGAAAGGCUGGCUUCGGAGAUGCCACAAUAGCAAAGGGACUCGAUUGAUUUCUCCUCAGGAACACAUGCAGAUUGGUGACUGAACUUAUGGGACGGAUGACAUUCAGUGUCCUCUUAGGAGGCCAACAGUCAUUUCUGUUUUGUACUUUAUAGAUGAUUUGGUUAUGUUCGUGUGUGUGUGUUGGAGGGAAGAUAAAGUUUUUGCAAAGUUAGACUAUUUAAAAAUAAUUACAUGUAGGAAUUCCCACUGUGGUACAACAGAAUUGGCAGCGUCUUGAGUGCUGGGAUGCAGGUUCAAUUCCUGGCCGGGCACAGUGGGUUAAGGAUCCAGUGUUAACUGCAGCUUCAGCUUAGGUCGCACCUGCAGCCUGAAUCUGAUCCCUGGCCCAGGAAUUCCAUGUGCAGGGGGUGGCCAAAAAAGAAAAAAAUAAAAAUAAUUAUAUGUUUAACUUCUCUAUGUGGAGGAAGUCCCAAGGGAAAUACUUCAGGGUUUUUACCUGAAAAGAACAUUUAGAAUAAGAUAUGAUGGAAAAUCUUUAUAAACAUAGCCCUCACAGCAGUAGUACCUCAGUGUGUCUGGUAAGAGACGUUUCAAUAGCCUUUCCUGUCAGUAGGUGGCUGUAGGCUGACUCCAGGGUGACGGGUGAACAGGUGACUCCUGUACACCAGACAGUGCGUGUGGUGGCUCUGUUGUCCUGGACGCAGUCUUUUACUUGUAAGUGCUAGGUAUUUACCCGAUGACCUCCCUUUAAGGCCCUGUAAAUCCUUAGACAGGAAACCAGUAACAGAUUAUGAUAACUUGAAAGGAUAAUCAUGUUAAAAUAAGUGACAUCAUGGGUAUAAAAUGUACUUUUUUGAGAAGCUGGUUCUGGGCCCUUAAAUAUUGACUGACAGUUUAUAGAUUUAUAUUAGUUGUCAAUAUAAAAAUAGCCCAAAUAUCACCUCUCUUAACAAAUAUUUUUAAUGAGAAAAGUUACCUGAGUUUUGAGUGUCGAUAUUAAUUAGUUCCACCUCCCUGACAGAAAUAGCUACUGGUCUAAUAAACACAGCCAGCCCUUUUCUGUCCUGCAACAUCUCUCUCAGAGAACAUAGAAUAAUGCCUACAUGCAGUGGGGUUGUUUUUGUUAUUUUUGUUUUUGCUGGAGAUUAGAUGUUUUUAAGAAAAGUACUUUAAUAUAUCAGUAUGUCCAGAAAAAUAACCCUUGGUUGAAUAUCAUUGUGUAAUUUCUUCAUAAUUGCAUAGGCUCUAAUUAGCAAUCAGGUUUAUUAAUAAAUUAAUUUGAAAUGCA